CUGCUGUUGACGCCAUCUUGAAAGUGUCUCCACGGGAGCCCAGAAGAGUCAAUUGGCGGAAUCUCCCUCCCCUCCCCCCAGAUGAAGGACCUUGGACCCAGGCUACGGCCCAGCCCCCCCGUCAAGUUAAAGUCUCUGCCCCUCCAGCUUCUUCCUCUUUCUGCGAGGGGACAGACGGAAACGCGCCGGGAGCAGCAUGGCGCCCGGCCCCCACUAUGCCCCGGCCCCACCGCAGGAGCCUGCGCCCCCCCCGGAGCCCCGCGUCAAGCUGAAGCGAGAGAUCUCGCUGCUCAGCGGCAUCUGCCUCAUCGUGGGCAACAUGAUCGGGUCGGGCAUCUUUGUGUCGCCCAAGGGCGUCCUGCUGCACAGCGCCUCCUACGGGCUGGCGCUGGCCGUGUGGGCCGUGGGCGGCCUCUUCUCCAUCUUCGGGGCGCUGUGCUACGCCGAGCUGGGCACCACCGUCACCAAGUCGGGGGCCAGUUACGCCUACAUCCUGGAGGCCUUUGGGGGGCUGGCGGCCUUCGUCCGCCUCUGGGCCUCCCUCCUCAUCAUCGAGCCCACGAGCCAGGCCGUCAUCGCCCUCACCUUCGCCAGCUACAUGGUGCAGCCCGUCUUCCCCAGCUGCCCCGGGCCCUACGCCGCCCACCGCCUGCUGGCCGCCGCCUGCAUCUGUCUCCUGACAUUCGUUAACUGCGCCUACGUGAAAUGGGGGACGCGCGUCCAGGACGUCUCCACCUACGCCAAGCUGCUGGCGCUGCUGGCCAUCAUCGUGGCGGGCAUCGUCCGCCUGGCACAGGGUAGGGGAGCCGGGGGGGGGCAAGGGACAGACCAUUCCCCGACCCCCGUGCCAGCCCUGCUCUUCAACGGGGCCAUGGCUCUGGUCUAUCUCUGUGUGGAGGACAUUUUCCAGCUCAUCAACUACUACAGCUUCAGCUACUGGUUCUUCGUGGGCCUGUCCAUCGCUGGGCAGCUCUACCUGCGCUGGAAGGAGCCCGACAGGCCCCGCCCACUCAAGGUGAGGCCCCGCCCCACCCAACCCUCUGGGGGCAGAGUGUCCCCAUAUGACUCCUGGCCCAUCCCACAAUUCCCUGGGGGAGUGUCUCACCCCAUGGUUCCCUGCCUGGCCCAUAACGUCCUGGGGCAGGGUCCCCACUUAUCCCAUGAUGCUCCAGGGCAGUGGCUCCCUGCCCAUCCCAUGAUGCUCCCCGCUCUCUCUGCAGCCAGUGCGUCCCGCCACAUCCAGGUGCUGUGCCAGGCCGUGGUGACAGAGCUGGACCCCGAUGACGCUCGCCCCAAAUCCCAGUGACGGAGCCAGGGGGGAGGGGGCACCUUCCCUCCCCCACAGACCCACUCCUCCCCUUUUAUUUAUUGGCCCCCUCGGCCCCCCCCUUCCCCCGGAAGUAGCUGCUACCAAUAAACCAGCAUCACUCCAGUCACA